CUCAGCCACCGCUCAUUUCGCUCUCCUCCUACGAUUUUCUCCACUGCCUACCACUCCGGGCGACGUCGAGCCACGUACUCACGGUCAUUUCAUCUCAAUCUACUCCUCGGGGACUUCUCGCGGACGAAGGCUUCGCCUGCAGGCAUCUUAUUCCCGUCCACGUGAAAACCUCGGUUGCUCCGCCCAGCAAACGCCCAUACUUGGAUUUGCACAUUUGGCGGCUCGCCGACAGCAGCCACCACGACGCAUCUUAUCCCGGAAUCCAUUCCACUGACGACCCUUCGUCGUCGGGGUCCCGUCGCUGGCUUUGAUAUCUCUGCGUUUGCGAUGAAGUUCAGCUCGUCUCUAAAGUUCAACGCCGUCCCCGAGUGGUGGGACGAAUACAUAGCUUAUGAUGCCCUCAAGAAAGCCGUCUACCAGCUCGAGAAGCAACAAGCUGGCCUUGGAGAAUCUCUCCUCGAAGGCCACGACCUCGAGGCUAAUGAGGAAACUGCCCUAAUAGGCCAUCCAGUCGACCACCUCUCCACCGACAGCCUCUUUGUCCCUCUUCUCGACCGAGAGCUCAAGAAGAUCUGCAUCUUCUACGAGGCCCAGGAGAAGGAGUUGCUUGACGAGGUCAAACAGCUUGAGCGACUCGUGGAACAACAGGAGGAGGUUGGUCCUGAUGCGGGCCACCAGUACACGGAUGCUGACACCGAUGACGACGAAGAUGAAGAUGAAGAGUACGAGGACAUCCACAGCCUCAAUAGUCCACUCCGGAGCCGAGAACCCACACGUUCGCCAUCCCGUCAUCCAAAUCGUCAGCAUUCUAUGUCUCUGAGCAACGCUAUGGGUGCUCCUCACGUUCCAGGAAGCAAGAAGAGGUUAGAGUCGGCGCAUGCCCGUCGGUACAGCUUGUCGUCAGCGGAUGAUCACGGUGAACUGGAAGCCAGUAUCGCCUCCCUUCGCUCCCAGUAUGUCGAGCAAUCGGCACAAUCAUCCGGAUCCCAUGCAACUGGGGCGUCGGCUUCUCCUCAGAACACGACACGCGGCCUCUCCAGCAAGUUAAAUCGUAUGAAGGACAGCAUUACGUCGCUCGGCGCCCCGCCAACAGUAUGGACAGCUAAGAACAAUUACGCGAUGGACAUCCAGCUUUUGUUCAAGCGGCGUAUCACAAAUCUCUACCUGUCCAUCACGUCGCUCAGGUCUUACGUCGAGCUCAACUAUUCCGGGUUCCGCAAGAUUCUGAAAAAGUACGACAAGGUGACUGAUAGCGAACUCCAAGAACAUUACCUCCACGACAUCGUCGAGCAGGCAACACCGUUCACUCAAGCUUCGAAGGACAAGCUAUCCGGCGUCAUUGCCUCCCUCGUCCAGCUCUACGCCAAGUGCGUGACACACGGGGACGUCCCCGCGGCGCAGCGCCAGCUCAAGCUGCAUCAGCGCGAGCAUAUUGCAUGGGAGCGCGACACCGUCUGGCGGCAGAUGAUUGGACAAGCACGGCGCGGCGAGACCGAUACCGCAGGCCCCGCUGCCCUCGGCGGCUCGCUCGUGCUCGAGCCCGAGAAGAGCUUGCUCGAUGUGCGCACACGCGCGGGACGCCUUCGGCUCACGGCGAAACAAUUGUACCUGCUGCUGUCGCUCAUAACGUUUGCCAUACUGUUGAAUGUACGAACUAUCGAUGGGGUGGAGGCGAACAGGUGUUUCGCGAUAUUGGUGUUCGCGACGAUCAUGUGGGCGACGGAAGCGAUCCCGCUGUUCGUGACAUCCAUCCUUGUCCCGCUAUUGCUUGUGUGUCUGCGGGUCAUCCGUUCGUCUGAUGAUGAGGAGAGGCGUCUGAGCACAUCUGAGGCGACGAAGUACAUUUUCUCCAUGAUGUUCUCGCCGACGAUCAUGCUGUUGAUCGGUGGCUUCACAAUCGCUUCUGCAUUGAGCAAGACUGCCAUCGACCGUGUACUGAUUACGAAGGUGCUGAGUUUGGCGGGCACAAGACCGAGUGUUGUAUUGCUUGCGUUCAUGGGUGUCGCGUGCUUCGCAAGUAUGUGGAUAAGUAACGUCGCGGCACCGACUCUGUGCUUCUCGUUGAUCCAGCCGAUCCUGCGGACACUGCCUGCUAAAUCGAAGUUUGCGCCUUGCCUGAUUCUAGGCAUUGCACUGGCAGCAAACAUUGGUGGACAGAGUUCGCCCAUCUCCUCUCCACAGAACCUCAUCGCUCUUGCAGCCAUGGACCCUCCACUAGACUGGGCGAGCUGGUUCGCGGUAGCCCUCCCGGUCUCUGGCGUCUCUAUCUUGCUGAUCUGGGUGCUACUUCUCGUGACGUACCGGCCUUCCCGUUCGCCAGAUGGAGAGUGUGAACUUGAGAUAAGGCCCAUCCGUGCCCCGAAGGAGAACUUCACCGCGAAGCAGUACUGGGUCUCCAUCGUGUGUCUAGUGACGAUCCUUCUUUGGUGCUUUGAGCAUGAGAUCGAAGAUCUCGUGGGGGACAUGGGUAUCGUUGCAAUAAUCCCGAUUGUGGCGUUCUUCUCUACAGGCGUCCUGAAGAAGGAGGACUUCGAGCAGUUCCUCUGGACGGUCGUCUUCCUCGCGAUGGGCGGUAUCGCCCUUGGCAAAGGGGUCACCUCUAGCGGUCUAUUAGAUGUAAUGGACGACAAGAUCCGAGAGCUCAUCUCGGGCCUGUCGCUCUAUACUGUCGUCCUCGUGCUGUCGUUCAUUGUCCUGGUUGUGUCGACGUUCAUCAGCCAUACUAUCGCCAGUGUGCUGCUGGUACCGAUCGCCAAGGAAGUUGGCAGCAACAUGCCAGGAAACAGGGAGAAUCUUUUGAUUUUCCUUACUGGCCUGUUGUGCUCGACAGGAAUGGGCAUGCCUGUUUCCGGCUUCCCGAACCAGACAGCCGCGAACCAAGAAGAUGAGAUGGGUCAGCUGUACUUGACUAAUGUUGAUUUCCUCAAGAAUGGCGUCCCUGCUAGCAUCAUCGCCAUGAUGGUCGUUGCGACAGUCGGCUUCCUCUUGAUGCAAGUGAUAGGCCUCUAAUGCUAGAACAAUUUAUUUCAUUGUGGUAUCAUGCUUUGCUGCGAACUAUUCUUCAUAAUAGAUGCUUCCACAUAUUUGUUUUGGUCACUGAAUGGGGGGCCAGUCCCCGAUAUCCACAAGAAGUCAGCGAAUCUGUGUAUCGAUACAAUCCUUGCUUAUUUAGUUGUCCUUUGUGACGAGACUGUAUCAACAACCAAUUCUUGAUGUCACGGAACGAUAUUUUGAG